CGCAGGCGCGGCUCGGGGCUCCCUCCCCCGCACGCCUAACGGGUGUGAAGCCGCAUCUCACCGUGGUUCGAUUCGCACCUUCCCAUGUGCUUGUCGGCUGCUCGUACUUUUUCUUCGAGAAAAGUCUGCUCGGCCCCUCCGCUGCUCCAAAGUUUUAGAAAGAAACCGAGGAGCCCGCGCCGCUGGCGGGCCGGCGGCGGCGGCUCAGGCAUUUCCGGGAGCGCGGGGAGGUCUCGCGCAGCCUCCUCUGCUUUCACUUUUGGGUCUGGCUUCCUGCGAGCUGAGCGAGUCCGGAGCGCACUCCGGGUGACCCCGGCCCAGGGCUUCCUCGCCUCCUUCCUGGGCCUGGAGCCUCGGCGCCACGGCUACGGAGCAUGUCGUCCGCCUUCGAGCGGGUGGUCAAGAGCGUGGGGCUGGAACUGGACCCGGGCCGAGAGCUCGUGCCCAUGCACAGCCUGCAGAGCUCCGCCAGCUUCCAGCCCUACCGCCUCCUGAGCAGGAAGGCCAGCUCCAGGUUCUUCAGACGCUACACGCACGUCAACCUGUCCAUCAGGGACAUCCUGGAGCCCGACGCGCCGGAGCCAGCCGUCGAGCACGUCGGCCCCUUCCACUUCCAAGAUGCCGUGGACGGGCAUCUGGGGGGCAGCGUGGAGGUGGCGGCCCCGGGGCAGGGGAAGAUCGCCGGCGGCGCCGCGGUGUCUGGCAGCUCCAGCGCCUCCAUGAACGUGUGCAAGCUGCAAGUGCCCCCCAACAGCUGGGUGGCCAUGCUCCGAGAGAGGCGCCUGCGGCAGCCUGAGCACAAAGUCCUGCGGGAGCUGCGGAGCCGCGGGCACGACGUGUUCGUGGUGACGGAGGUGCUGCAGACCCAGAAGGAGGUGGAGGUCACCCGCACCCACAAGCACGAGGGCUCGGGCCAGUUCUCGCUGCCCGGGGGGAUGUGCCUCCAGGGCGAGGGCAAGGGCCACCUGAGCCGGAAGAAGACGGUCACCAUCCCCUCGGGCAGUGUCCUCGCCUUCCGGGUGGCCCAGCUAGUGUUUACUGGCCCUGAGUGGGACGUCCUCUUUGUCCCAGAGAAGAAGCGGAGGACCUUCACGCCGCCCCAGACAGCAGGCGACCAGCCGCAGCCACCGUCCUCCCUGUCCUCCCUGCUGAGGUCCCUCCGUGACCACCUUGACUUCUGGUCGGACGGGGUUGGUGAGGACCAGAGGGUGUCCACGGAGGACUUCCGGGGCCUGCAGGCCGAGGCGAAGGCCUGGGCGGGGCUCCUGGAGAGCAUGUCGAAGACCCUGUGUGAGCAGCUGCUGAGGGGCCUGGGGCAGCUGCUGCGGGACGAGCCGGCCCUGCACGGCCUGGAGGAGUCGCUGGAGCAGGGCCUGUGCUGUGGGCGGGCGGAGCCCGUGCCCGGCCCGGCGGGCCCCGUCCUCGAGUGCUUGGUGCUCCCCUGCCGGACGCCAGUGGAGGAGCUUGCUGGCCCGGUCGCCUACUUACUGGGAGCGCUGGCUGCCCUGAGUGGAGCCCAGCGCCUGCUGCUGGCCGAGGCGCUGGAGGCCUCGGCCCUGCCGGAGCCCCUCGAGCUGGUGGAGGAGGUCUUGGAGCAGAGCUCCCCGUGGCAGGAGCGCAGGGCCCUGUCCCUGCCGCCUGGGCUCCUGGGGGACAGCUGGGGCCCGGAGGUGCCUGCCUGGACCCUGCUGGAGGCCUGCGGCCUGGAGCUGCAGGUGGACGCCCCCCAGGUGGGCUGGGAGCCGGCGGCCCAGGGCUGCACGUGUGCGCUGUACGCCUCCCUGGCCCUGCUGUCCAAGCUGAGCCAGCUCUGCUAGCCGGCGUCCACUCGGGGAGCCCCGCCCGGCCCCGAGGCGCCCA